AUGGCGAGGACCAUGAGACCCGACGACAUCAACCCCCGGACGGGGCUGGUGGUGGCUCUGGUCAGCGUCUUCCUGGUGUUCGGCUUCAUGUUCACCGUGUCCGGUAUCAAGGGGGAGACGCUGGGGGACAUCCCGCUGCUGGCCAUCGGGCCGGCCAUCUGCCUGCCGGGCAUCGCUGCCAUCGCGCUCACCAGGAAGACCGACGGCUGCACCAAAUGGCCCAAGAACAAGUGUCCGUGCUGCAAGCAAGGCAGGGACCGCGAUGUCAUGGAGCUGCUGAGGACGCCCUCGGACCUGGAGUCCGGCAAGGGGAGCUGCGACGACCUGGCCAAGAAGGCGUACCACAAGGACCGCAGGGCACCACGCGGUGAGGACUCGGUGUCCAUCUGCACCACCACCACCACCACCACCACGGCGGGAGAGUGCAAGAGCCUCAUCAGGAAGGUGGACCAGGAGGAGAUGCUGAGAUACCUGGAGACCUGCUACCCGGAGAUGCCAGGGAACGUGUUUGUGGGAGACGGCUCCACAUACAGUGCCUUGGAGAAGAAGAGCUCUUCUCCCACCAGGAACAGCGAUGCUUGCCCAGACGUUGAAGACAACAUUUUUGUUGCUCCUAAGGACAGCAUCAUCGUCUGCUCCUACAAGGAGAACAGCCCUUAUGACAGAUACUGUUGUUACAUAAACCCUACCGGAGUCGCCUCAGACCAGGAGACCAUAGUGUGA